CACCACCGCACUCACCCCACCUGUUAUUCGUUUCGUCUCGAGGUGGUUUUUGUUCAUACUUUUUUUACUUCUCAUUUCAUUUUGUCCUUAUCGGGGCCAAUGGCAAUACUUUGUUACUAUUAAUAAGCUUCAAGUUAUGGCGGAGUCGUAGCAGAGAGAGAUCAAUCACUUUCUCACUCUCUCCACUUUUACUUCUUGCUUGGAAGAGAGUGAAAACCGGCGUCACCUGAAUCCUUGCAAUGGCCUUGCCACGGCGGCGAAACCUUUCCUACAACCGCUUCCGCUCUCUUGUUAAGUUCAUAUCCGCCAUUUCCGGUGUUCUUCUUAUCCUCUUCGCUUUCCUUUCCUUUCUCGCUCCUUCUCCAAACGAAUCGCAGCACUUUCACCUUCGCCAUCACCACAACUCUUUUAACGCAGUCGUUGAGGAUCCUGUUACCAGUGGAGAUUCAGUUUUCCAUGUUCCAAGUAGCGGAGGAAAAUUAGAUCGUGAUAUAUGGAGUUCGAGAAAUGCUAAAUUCUUUUAUGGGUGCAGUAAUGUCAGCGCCAAAUUUGCAAAAGCUGAAGCUGUUUCACGUCCCACUCGAUAUUUGGCUAUUGCCACUAGUGGAGGCUUGAACCAACAAAGAACCGGGAUUACAGAUGCUGUUGUUGCUGCUCGCAUUUUGAAUGCUACUCUUGUUGUCCCAAAGCUGGACCAAAAAUCCUUUUGGAAGGAUGCAAGUAACUUCUCAGAGAUCUUUGAUGUUGAUUGGUUCAUAUCAUCUUUGUCAAAAGAUGUUAAAAUUAUAAAGCAGCUGCCUAAAAGGGGAGGGAAGAGUUGGACUCCAUACACCAUGCGUGUUCCAAGGAAAUGUAGUGAAAGAUGUUACCAAAAUCGUGUAUUGCCAGUUAUUUUGAAAAGGCAUCAUGCAGUUCAGCUCAACAAGUUUGAUUACAGACUUGCAAACAAAUUGGAUACAGAUUUGCAGAAGCUAAGAUGCCGAGUUAACUACCAUGCUCUGAAGUUUGCUGACCCUAUUCUAGAAAUGGGGAAAACACUUGUUCAUCGAAUGAGGAUGAGGAGCAAGCGUUAUAUUGCUUUGCACUUGAGGUUUGAGCCUGAUAUGCUUGCAUUCUCAGGAUGUGAUUAUGGUGGAGGUGAAAAGGAAAGGAAUGAACUAGGUGCAAUACGAAAGAGGUGGAAAACUUUACAUAAAAACAAUCCUGAUAAGCAAAGGAGGCAAGGAAAGUGCCCACUUACCCCAGAGGAAGUUGGUUUGAUGCUGAGAGCUCUAGGAUAUGGCAGUGACGUUCAUAUCUAUGUGGCUUCUGGUGAAGUGUAUGGAGGGGAGGAAACUUUGAGACCCUUAAAAUCACUCUUCCCGAACUUCUAUUCCAAAGAUACCAUUGCCACAAAGGAAGAAUUAGCACCAUUUUCCUCAUUCUCUUCUCGAAUGGCUGCACUUGACUUUAUUGUUUGUGAUGAGAGUGAUGUGUUUGUCACCAACAACAAUGGUAACAUGGCUAGGAUAUUAGCUGGACGAAGGAAAUAUUUUGGACAUAAGCCUACUAUUCGUCCAAAUGCUAAAAAACUAUAUCGGUUAUUCUUGAGCAGAAGCAACAUGACAUGGGAAGCAUUUGCCUCUAGAGUUCGUACAUUCCAGAGAGGCUUUAUGGGGGAACCAAAGGAGGUCAGGCCAGGAAGGGGUGAGUUUCACGAGAAUCCAUCCGCUUGUAUAUGUGAAGAUUCAGAAGCCAGGGAAAAGGCAACUACAUAUUCAAGAGGCAAGAAAAAUGGGAAAUUGGAUGAUUCAUCACGAAAAAAAGAGGUUAUAGUAAGUGAUGAUCAGAAUGAUUAUGAUGAUAAUGAUGAACCAAGAUGGCCUGAUCUGGACGAUGAUGAGAAUCAAGUUUGGCCUCAAGAGAAGCUCCAUUAUAAUGGAACAGGUUCGGAUUAUGAUGCAGUUAUCUCUGAUGAACCUGAGUUGGAAGAGAUGCUUUCAGACUGAACAGAAUGAGUUCCUUCUUGAAAUUCCUCGCCCUCUCUCUUGGCCAUCUGAGGCAGUCAUAAUUUUGUGAUGAUAAUGCAAACCCUGUCUAUUAAAACCCCAGGUUAUCAAUGGUUGCGUGUGGGUGUGUGUGUUUACUUGAGUUUUAGAUUUGAGGAGCAUUCAAGUGAUAAUGAGGCAUACAAUAGACAGCAGGUCAAAAGAUGGAACUUUCUCCCCUUUAGGUGAUGUUUCAUAGCAUAACAAAGGGUCCUCAAUCCAAAUACCAUGGCAUGGGAAAAGAAAAAGGUUGAAAUACAGCUGUGGUUGUUACUGAUACUGGUUUGGUUUUUCAUUUUUAGGUUUACCUUUUUUUAAUCUUUACUGAGGCCAAACAUUUCGGAUUUGAGAGAAAGCUUAUGUAAAUUUCGACAUAGUUGUAUCCAAUACAAAAGCAAAAGUGAUAGGCGGCGGAUGUAUGUAAUUUUCAAUCCUUAAAUUUUAAUUACUCCAGGAACCCAUAUGUUAAAAGCUUGGGCCUUGGACCUUUCCAUCA